CGCGCAUGCGCCAACUGCCUCCCUCGCGCUCACAGGAAGAGUGAGCGCGCGGCACUACAUCCCCCACAGGCCUCGGCGCGUGGGGUCAUGCGCACUGGCGGCCGUUGAGCCAUUUAAAAGUCGUUCGUUGGGGGAAAUGGCCGCGCAGCUGGGUCCGUUCGCUGAGGAGAGGGACAAAGCCAAGGGAGGACGCAAGAAGAAGCGGAGGGAGGGUUCUCCAUCGUCGGAGAAGAAGAGAAAGAAGAAAGGAGACGGUGAUGGAGGAGGCGGCGGUGGAGGGAGAGAGGACACGGAGAAGGAAGCCAAGAGGAGGAAGCUUGGCAAUGACACCCAUCACAGCUGUCACCAUCACCACCACCAUCACCACAGACACCAUCACCACCACCAUGGCAAAGAGGAGCUGCUGCUGCGACCUCCACCCCCUCCCAGCGGCCCUCCUCAGCCUGCCCAGCCUGUGCCCACCAUCAGCCAGGCCUUGUUCACUCUGUCCCAGCUGGAGAGGCCUAGGGAGAAGAUCAAGAGAAAGCACCGGGUGAAGAAAGAGAACGGGGGAGGAGAGGAAGAGGCUCCUGUGAAAGCUGUCAAAGAAGAGAUAUCAGAUGAGAAUGGCAAAUCCCAGCGUAUGAUUAAGGAUGAAGAUGAUGCAUUUCUUCUCAAGAAGAUCAAGAAAAAAAAGAAAAAGAAGCACAGAGAUGAUCUGCGUGGAAGGCGGCUGAAAAUGUACAACAAGGAAGUUCAGACUCUUUGUGCCGGACUGACCCGUAUUAACCAGGAAACAUUGGAGCAAGAGGGUAGUCGGGUGGAAGAAAAUAAGGAGUCAUGCAGAUACUUGCAGGAUGAGAAGCUAUGUCGCUCUGACUUGGGUACUGAAGAAUACAGAGUUCCACAGGAAGUUCAGAUGCCCUUUGCUUCUCAUCAAGAGCACUGCAUCCGUACCAGCACAUUACAUACAGGGUCCAAGUUCAGCAGAUUAAUGCAUGAAGAGAAUCAAUCAAAUGGGGGUGCCCCUGUUUUGCAUGCUUACAUGGAUGAACUCUCCUUUUUAUCUCCUGUGGAGAUGGAGAGGUUUGCUGAGGAGUUCCUGGAACGGACUUUUGAUGAGAGUGAUAAAAAUGCUGCAUAUUAUGCGCUGGCUAUAGUUCAUGGAGCUGCAGCAUAUUUACCAGACUUUCUGGACUACUUUGCUUUUAAUUUCCCAAACACUCCUGUGAAAAUGGAGAUCCUGGGCAAGAAAGAUAUUGAGACGACAACCAUUGCUAACUUUCAUGCACAGGUGAACAGGACAUAUUGCUGUGGCACAUACAGAGCAGGUCCAAUGCGGCAAAUUAGUUUAGUUGGAGCUGUUGAUGAAGAGGUUGGAGACUUUUUCCCAGAGUUUCUGGAUAUGUUGGAAGAAUCACCAUUUUUAAAAAUGACGUUGCCUUGGGGAACCAUGUCUACACUUAAACUCCAGUGCAGAUCACAAAGUGAUGAUGGCCCAAUUAUGUGGGUGAGACCAGGGGAACAAAUGAUUCCUACUGCAGACAUGCCAAAAUCCCCAUUUAAACGCAGAAGGUCGAUGAAUGAAAUAAAGAACUUGCAGUACCUGCCGCGCACUAGCGAGCCACGUGAACUUCUCUUUGAGGAUAGGACAAGAGCCCAUGCUGAUCAUGUUGGCCAAGGUUUUGAUUGGGAAAGUACAGCUGCUGUAGGUGUAUUGAAGGCUGUGCAGUUCGGAGAAUGGAGUGAUCAACCUCGCAUAACCAAAGAUGUGAUCUGUUUCCAUGCUGAGGACUUUUCCCAUGUUGUGCAAAGGCUACAGCUGGAUCUCCAUGAGCCUCCUGUUUCUCAGUGCGUUCAGUGGGUGGAUGAAGCAAAACUCAACCAAAUGCGACGGGAGGGAAUCCGUUAUGCACGCAUCCAACUGUGUGACAAUGAUAUUUAUUUCAUACCUCGCAACGUAAUCCAUCAGUUUAAGACUGUAUCUGCUGUAUGCAGCUUGGCAUGGCACAUACGGCUUAAGCAGUACAGCUCCAAUAAAGAAGACCAGCAGGCUUCUGAAAAAGAUCCCUCUAGCAUGGCACCUCCAGAACAAGGCACAGAACCCACAAAUUUAAAAUUGGAAACAGAGGAAACCCCACUUCCAGCAACACAUGAACUCUUCCUAACACCGCACAUUCCAUCACAUAGGUUGGAAAGCCAGACACCGCAGACACAAACCAGUCCAUACCAUUCGCCGAUCUGACUUUAACAUACAGUCAUGGGUUUUGUUUUUUGUAUAUGUGUUUUGUUUGUCUUUACAUUUUUUUUAAUAUUUUAUGUGAAGUAAGUUGUUUGUGGUUUUUUUUUUGUUUUUUUUUUAAACCUCUCCCCGUUCAAAGUAGAUUCAAAGAUUGGCACAUGGCUUCAUUUGUCUCAUUAGCAGUUAAGUGAAACCAGUGCAACUUGUUUUCCCUCUAACUGUCGCAGAUCUUAACAUUUUGUGAAGCCGUGAAAACUUUUUUAAAGUUUGAGAGAUGGGACAUGUUGCCUUUAUAGGAUGUUCUGUACAGCUCUCUUUUAAAGAGGGUAAAUGAAUAUUGUCGUUCUUUGUACAGAUCUGACUUUGAUAAUCGGACAUUUCACAGCAUAGCUGAAAAACUGAGCACUUUUGUUAUACAUUUAAAAUAAUGACUUUAUAACAUUCUGUAAUUCAUCAGUCCCUUUCGUGUGAUAUGUAGUUGAAAUUGUAUGGUCUUAAAAAACCAUGACAUUGGAAAACGUGUAAUUUCAAAUUAAUGAGAUUGAGCGGUUCUUUAAAGCAUGUUCAAAUUGAGUGGCACUAAAGGAAAAAGUAUGCAUUCAGUUGAUACAUUUU